AUGACAGACGAAUACAGCUUCGAGAGGCUGGGUUUCAUCGGUCUUGGAGCCAUGGGCCGACCGAUGCUAUCACAUUUGGCCAGAAAGUUGCCUUCUAACUCGCGCAUCUGGAUAUACGACGUCGCCGAACAAGUGGUGAACGAGGUCUGUGAAGAGUUUGCAGAUAGAGUGGUGAAAGGGAAAAGCGCUAAAGAUGUUGCCGAGCAUGUCGAUACCAUCAUAACUAUGGUCCCCGAAGGUGCGCAUGUGCGAGCAGUUUACCUCGACCCUGUGAAUGGCGUGUGCUGCGCGGAUAUCUCGAACAAACUCCUCAUCGACUGUUCGACGAUAGACACAGCAACAAGUCUGGCAGUGACGGACCACAUAACCAAGAAUUAUUCCUCGGCGUCCUUUUAUGACUCUCCAGUCAGUGGGGGUGUUAUCGGCGCGAUCAAAGGGACAAUUGCCUUUUUCCUGGGAUGUGCAGAGUCGGACCCUAACGUCGACCGACUCACACAUCUGAUGAGCCUGAUGGGUGGGCAAAUAAUACCAUGCGGUGGCCCGUCACUGGGACUGGCCGCGAAGUUAUCAAACAAUUACUUGUCAGGCAUCAUCGCGAUUGCGUGUUCUGAGGCAUUCGAUAUGGGAAUGCGCUCUGGCUUAGACCCACGAACGCUUGCCAAAGUGUAUGCUGCAGGUACUGCUCAGAACACCAUCUGUGACAAGUUCUGCCCAGUACCACAUGUAUACCCGGAUGCCCCAUCGUCAGGUGGUUGGAAACAGGGUUUCAAGGUGCAAUUGAUGCGCAAAGAUAUGGGCUUAGCUGUCGACAUGGCAAAACGAGUAGGAGCUCGCAACGUCUUGGGACAGGUUGGACUGGAGACGUAUGACGGCGCCGCAAAAGAUCCUCGCUGUCGAGACUUGGAUUCCCGUGUGGUGUACAGGUACCUCGGGGGCCAAGAGGACUGGCAGUCCAAUGUACACGAGCCUUAA